AUGGUCGAAGGUGGAGGAGCUAAGUUGAUGGAAGAUCUAUUGUAUUUGGUGAAGAUCGGUUGGAGGUCGAUAAUGGGACGUUUCGACCAGGAUACCUAUAACACUUUGAGCGAAUUCUGCAUGAUAAAGUGCCCGGCACUGAAUCAGAACACCAUUGAGUGCAAGGUGAGGAGUCUGAAGAAACAAUACAAUGCAAUAUCAGAGAUGUUAAGUCAGUCGGGGUUCGACUGGAAUGAGGAGUUCAAAUGUGUCCAGGUCGAAAGGGAGAUUUUCAAUCUUUGGGUUCGGAGCCAUCCCAAUGCGAAGGGGAUGUGGAACAAGCCAUUCCCACAUUACGAUGACCUCUCCACCGACUGUCACACCCCUGAGGUUUGCCAAAUAGAAUCACUAUUAAAUCAAGAUGAAAUAGAUGAAGAGCCAACAGAGCAAUCUACAGGUAGAACGAGUAUACCUGUCGAGUCAUCUCGAGGCAGUAAGAGGAAGAGGUCAUCAUUCCAAGUUGAAAUGAUCGACAUCAUGAGAUCAACUGUUGAAAUGCAUAGCACACACAUGGGUAGACUUGCAUCGUGGCAAAAGAAGAAGUAUGAGCUGGAGUUCGGGCGUCAGAAGGAAGUAGUAAAUGCUAUAUACAACAUUGAUGGCCUGGAUGAGGAUACUCAGGUCACCCUUAUUGACCUCGUUGUCACAGACAUUCAGAAGACAGAUUGCUUUCUUGCAGUACCAGAACACGCAUGGAAGAGGUACUGCCUCCGUUUACUAGGAAGAAACAUGUAG